AUGGCGGACACCGAGUACGAUACGUCCGUCCACGUCGUCGACUAUAUAGUGGUAAUUGUCACAUUACUGGCUAUAUUUCUACUGGGAUUAUGGUCAUCAAGACGAGCAAACCGUAGCAACACACAGGGAUAUUUUUUGGCUGGCAGAACCAUGAGCUGGUGGCUGGUUGGCUUAUCUCUGUAUGUGAGUAACAUCGGGAGUGGUACUUUUAUCGGCGUGUCGGGCUCAGCAUCGGUGGAAGGCAUCGCGGUAGUCUUCUAUGAAUUCUCGGGUACCAGUUGUGCGGCUCUACUAGGGUUUGUGUUUGUACCCGUCUACAUUGCGUCCGGUUGUUAUACGAUGCCGGAUUAUUUACAGAAACGAUAUGGUGGUCAACGCAUACGUGCGUAUGUAGCGGUGACGCAACUACUUCUAAUGAUGUUUUGCUACAUUGCGGGUGAAAUGUAUGCGGGAGCGUUAAUUAUUCAGGUGACCCUUGGAUGGAAUGUGUACGCGUCGGUAAUAGCAUUGUUGGUGCUUACAGCAAUCUACACCGUAGCAGGCGGACUAACGGCUGUGAUGCACACAGAUGCUCUUAUGGCUGCCAUUAUACUCGUUGGGGCAUUUAUUCUGAUGGUUAUCAACAUCAUCGCCUGUGUUGAUCCCGACGUUUGUUACGAAGCAUGUGGCAGCUACAACGGCUGUUCUGAUGUCGCCUAUCCAUAUCUUAUUUUGACGUUGAUGCCAACAUUUUUGAAAGGUUUAAUGCUUGCCGCCAUGUUGGCUGGGGUGAUGAGCUCUUUUACAUCGAUAUUCAAUAGUGCGAGUAGUAUAUUUACCAUCGACAUUUGGAAGACGAUGAGACCGAAGUGUAGCAACAAAGAAGAAAUGAUUGUUGGCAGAGUGUUCACUAUAAUCCUCGUCUGCCUCAGUAUAUUUUGGCUGCCCCUCAUCGAAGCCUUCGGCGCUGGUCAACUUUUCGUUUACCUUCAGUCCAUUGCGUCAUACCUAUCACCGCCGCUGCUGGCUGCAUUCAUUCUAGCCAUCGGAUGGGAACGUGCCAACGAACCAGGUACAUUCUGGGCGUCAAUGAUUGGACUUGUUCUUGGAGUAGCUCGUUUGAUAGCUGACUUCAUUUUUCCGUCACCUGGUUGUGACGAGGAAGAUACCCGACCACCAGUGAUAGCAAACUUUCACUAUUUACAUUAUGCGAUAUUUCUGUUUCUCGUGGUGUUUAUUUUCAUUAUUAUUUUCAGUUUACUCACCAAACCACAACCCAAAGAUGAGCUCAUUGGCUUAACAUGGUGGACCAGACAUCGUGCCGCAGAAAGAAUUGCAAAAGAGGAAGCACAGGCAGCCAGUAAAAAAGAAAAUUUCGGUGAUGCCUCAAAGGAGGACUUGUCUUUGGAGCCAUCAAAAUUCAUCGAUAAUGAAACACUCGAGAGGAAAGAAGACGACGUCGAAGAAUACAGGAUCGGUUCAGAUGAUGACAUUUCUCAAGGAGAAAACGAUAACAAUAGUUUGGAAGAAGCGAUGCAAACAAGCUGUUGUACCACUGUCAAGCGAGGCUUAGGGAGCUGGUGCUGUGGUGCCACUGAGAUUUCAGACGAAGCACAGAUCGCAGAGGAACGCGAACACGACAUCGAAGUUAUGACGCUAUCGGAAGAUCCGAAGUGGAAGAAAAUUAUCGAAGUUAACUGCGCCAUUAUGUUGGUUGUUGGGGCGUUUGUUUGGGGAUUUUACGCAUAG